AUGCGCGACGACGACGCGACGUUCGACGUCGCGUACGACGUCGCGCGAACCGCGUCGUGGAUCCGCGACGGCGCGUUCUCGCGCGUCGCCCUGCAGUUACCCGACGACAAGCUUCCCGACGCCGCCAGGCUCGCGCGCGCGCUUCAAACCGCGCUCGCGCGCGACGACGACGCCGCGCGAGCGUCGCGCGAGGUCUUCGUCCUCGCGGACACGACGUUCGGGUCGUGCUGCGUCGACGAAGUCGCGGCGGCGCACCGGGACGCCGACGCCAUCGUACACUUCGGACGCGCGUGCUGCUCACCGACGAGCCGAACGCCGGCGCGGUUGGUGUUCGAUCGUAAAGAAAUCGAUUGCGCUCGAUGCGCGCGCGCGCUCGAGGCGCACGCCGCGGCGUCGGCGAGGCGCGGGGCGCGCGCGGUGGUGGCGCUGUGCGACCAGGAAUACUUUUGGGCGCUCGACGAGUUGAAGCGAGCUUCGACGAGCUCGACCGCGAACGUUCAGGGCGCGGAGAUCUUCAUCGCGGACGCGGUUGAGGUCGAAGUCGAUCCGAGCCGCGAUUCGAGAGUGCGAGGGAGGGAUGAGGACGCGUCGACGACGCGAGUCGGCGCGUCGCGAUUUCGACCGCCGAAUGGGACGACGAACGAGGAUUGCGCGUACGUGUGGAUCGGUGCGACGGGGCCGGCGAUGACGCAUGCGAUGCUGGUUUUGGGCGAUUGCGCGGCGAAGUUCGGUGGGAUGGCGCAGUACGAUCCAUCGGUGGAUGGCGACGCGGUGCGCGUCGAGGCGGACGGCGCCGGCGAAGCCGCGAGGGCGUUGAAGCGAAGGAGAUUCUUGAUAGCGAAGGCCAAGGAAGCCAGGGUGGUUGGCAUCAUCGCCGGUACUUUAGGUGUCGCGGGUUACCGCGAAAUGAUCGAAAACUUGCGCAAGUUGAUUGCGAAUAGUGGGCGUAAGAGUUACACCGUCGUCGCGGGAAAGCCGAAUCCGCAAAAGUUGGCCAACUUCCCCGAGAUUGAGGUCUUCAUAAUGGUGAGCUGCGAGUUGACGGCGUUGAUGGACGGGCGCGAUUACAUGCAACCGAUCAUAACCCCGUACGAGGCCACGAUCGCGUUCACGCCGGGAAAGAUGUGGAUGGGCGAAGUCAAGCUCGAUUUCGCGUCGGUGCCGACGUUCGAAGACGUCGUCGCGAAUGGCGACGACGACGACGACGUUCAACCAGAGUUCAGCCUCGUUUCUGGCACGUACAUAUCACCGGUGAACGCCUCGUCGUCCGCGCACGACGCCGACGACAUCGACGCCCUCACCGGCACCGAGCUCGCUCGCCGCGCCGAGGGCGCGCUCUCCCUCCGCGCCUCCGGCGUCUCCGACGCCGUCGUCACCUCCGGCGCCGAAUACCUCAUCUCCAAGCGCACGUACACCGGUCUCGAGCCCGGCCCGAAGCGCGACGACGAAACGGGCGCCAUCGCGGACGCCCCGCUCGAAGCCGCGCGCGGUCUCUCCGGCCGCGCCAAAUCGUACGCCGACGAGUCGCCCGCGUCCGCCGCCACCGACCCCUAG